UUCAGAUUUUCGAUAUGUAUAUAUGAAUCUUGGAUUUAGUUCUUCAUUAUAUUUGUGUAGAUAUAUUAUAUAUAGUAAAACAUUUUGGUAGUGCAGAAGGAAAGGAUAGGGAGUGAGUGGGGGUGGGAAGAUCAAAGAUGAGUGGAGCAGUGUUAGUAGCUGUUGCUGCUGCUGUUGGUAACUUGCUUCAAGGAUGGGAUAACGCUACUAUUGCUGGUGCUGUGUUAUACAUUAAGAAAGAAUUCGAGUUGGAAAGUGAACCAACGAUCGAGGGUUUAAUCGUGGCGAUGUCAUUGAUUGGUGCGACAGUAGUGACGACUUGUUCAGGGGGAGUAGCAGAUUGGCUUGGUCGACGUCCCAUGCUUAUUAUUUCAUCGGUCUUGUACUUCAUUAGUGGUUUAGUUAUGGUGUGGUCGCCGAAUGUUUACAUCCUUUUAUUGGCUAGGUUGUUAGAUGGGCUUGGGAUUGGGUUGGCAGUUACUCUUGUUCCUGUUUAUAUAUCCGAGACUGCGCCUCCUGAGAUUAGAGGGUCGCUUAAUACUCUGCCUCAGUUUAUGGGGUCUGGUGGGAUGUUCCUUUCUUACUGUAUGGUGUUUGGUAUGUCGUUAAUGGAGUCGCCUAAUUGGAGGUUGAUGCUUGGGGUUUUGUCUAUUCCAUCACUUGUUUUUUUCGUUCUUACCAUAUUUUUCUUGCCCGAGUCUCCAAGAUGGCUUGUUAGCAAGGGAAGAAUGCAAGAAGCGAAACAGGUUUUGCAGAGGCUACGUGGCAAAGAAGAUGUCUCAGGUGAGAUGGCUUUACUAGUUGAAGGCCUUGGAAUUGGGGGUGACACGUCAAUCGAAGAGUUCAUAAUUGGCCCUGCAAAUGAUCUUGAACAAGAUCAAGACGAAGCUGCCAAAAUUAAGUUGUACGGUCAUGAAGCAGGUGUCUCAUGGAUUGCUCGACCCGUCACUGGACAGAGUAUGCUUGGUAUCGCAUCCCGUCAAGGAAGUACUAUAAACCCAAGUGUGCCACUUAUGGACCCUCUUGUCACCCUCUUCGGGAGUGUCCAUGAGAAGCUUCCAGAUGCUGCUGGUAGCAAAGGAAGUAUGCUUUUCCCACAUUUUGGUAGCAUGUUUAGUGUUACUGGAAAUCAAACUAAACAUGAAGAUUGGGAUGAAGAGAGUGUCGGUGAGAGAGAGGGUGAUGAUUUUGGAUCUGAUGCUGGUGGCAAUGAUUCUGAUGAAAAUUUGCAUUCCCCAUUGAUUUCUCGCCAAACUACCAGUGUAGAGAAAGAUAUGAUUCAACCAGCUGCUCAUGGCAGUAUUCAGAAUGCUAGACAUGGCAGUGCUCUGCAAAAUGCAGGUGGAGACCAAAUGGGUAGUACAGGGAUUGGAGGUGGUUGGCAGCUUGCAUGGCAAUGGACUGAACGAGAAGGGGAAGAUGGAAAGAAGGAAGGAGGGUUUAAAAGAAUUUAUUUGCAUCAAGAAGCUGGCAGUGGAUCUCAACGUGGGUCAUUGAUUUCUGUUGUUGGUGGUGGUGGUGAUAUGGUGACAGAUGGUGAUGUCUUUCAGGCUGCAGCUUUGGUUAGUCAACCUGCACUUUACUCCAAGGAUCUUGUUGAUCAGCACCCAGUUGGACCAGCUAUGGCUCACCCAUCUGAAGCUGCAAUGAAAGGAGCUAGCUGGAAGGAUCUUUUUGAACCAGGAGUCAAACAUGCAUUGUUUGUUGGUAUUGGUCUUCAGAUUCUUCAACAGUUCUCUGGCAUCAAUGGAGUCCUUUACUACACACCUCAGAUUCUCGAGGAGGCAGGUGUUGGUGUUCUUUUAUCAAAUCUGGGCAUCAGCUCAACCUCAUCGUCUCUACUUAUAAGUUGCAUCACAACUUUGUUAAUGCUUCCUUGCAUUGCCGUGGCUAUGAGGCUCAUGGACAUCUCUGGAAGAAGGACUCUAUUGCUGACUACAAUCCCAGUCUUGAUCUUGAGCCUCGUGAUCUUGGUGGUUGGAAGUGUAAUUGACUUUGGGAGCAUUGUGAAUGCAGCUAUCUCAACAGCAAGUGUUGUGAUCUAUUUUUGCACCUUCGUGAUGGGAUUUGGUCCAAUCCCCAACAUCCUUUGUGCAGAGAUUUUCCCAACCCGAGUGCGUGGAUUAUGCAUUGCCAUUUGCGCCCUUACAUUCUGGAUAUGUGACAUCAUCGUGACCUACUCUCUUCCCGUCUUGCUUACUUCUGUUGGUCUCUCGGGUGUUUUUGGAGUGUAUGCUGUUGUGUGCGUCAUAGCGUGGGUGUUUGUUUUCUUGAAGGUUCCAGAAACCAAAGGAAUGCCACUUGAAGUUAUUACAGAGUUCUUCGCUGUUGGUGCAAAACAAGCUGCUGCAGCAAAAAACCAUUGAUGUGGUACCAUACACGUUUUUGGAUUAUGUUUUGGCUUUUGUUUUUUUGACGUUUUUGGUUUGGUUUAAAUUUUGUUGUGAUUGAAACAGUAAAUUUAAAAGUUUUAGUUGUUUAUGGUGUAAUUUCUUCAUUUCUUGUA